GAUUAUUUCUUUCUUAUAUCUCUUCUUUUGCAAAAGCAAUACUACCGCGUCAGUCACCUAGCCCAAGAGAGGAUUCAGACUCUGAAUUUCAGAGAAAGGUCGGUUUUCAAUUUUCUCGAUGCCUUCUUUGGAAGAAAUUGGCAUAACUGGCGCCAGAGCGCUGAUUCUCCCAGUCCUCCUAAAUUUCGCCGCCGCGUCUCCGCCGUCUCAAGAGAACCGUGAAGUAACCGUGGUCGUGAACGCGAGAACCGGAACGAUAGACUUUCUCCAGGGCGCGGCGGACGGAUUCGAGGCUGUCCUCCGUAAAGGGGGGCAGUUCCCGGCGACGAAGGCGUCGAUAGAAGCGUUGCCGGUGGUGAAAGUUGGCGAAGAAGGGGAGGACUGUGCGAUCUGUUUGUCGGAGUUGGAAAUAGGAGGAGAGGGGAAAGAGAUGCCUUGUAAUCACCGGUACCAUCCGGAUUGUAUUGAUAAGUGGUUGAAGAUCCACGGCUCCUGUCCGAUUUGCAGAUUCCAGAUGCCGGGAGAAGUUGAUCCGGAUCUAGAUCACAACUCAGAGUCGCUGCAGGACAGGGCGGAUAUGGUGUUUCAUGUAUUCUACCGGACGGGCAGCGAAGAUAGUUCUGAUUUAGAAUGGGAUCACCAAUCUGAAGCUCAUCCCGGCGGUGCUGAAUCUGACGAAGAUCUGAAUGCCGAGACCGAGACAGUAGUUUUUUUACAGUAAAUAAAUUCUUAGAUCUGUAAACAGAUAGUUUGUCAGUCAGUUAAAAAUUACAGCUUUCCUAUCCUCACAAUACCUCUAUCAUAAUUUUAGAAUUGUUUGCUUGAGAAAUCGCCGCUUUUGGGAACUUUAGAUUUUGGUUUGGUCAAUUUAGGGAUGUUUGGAUCUAAUUCUUAAAACUGUUUCUGUUCCGUGUUUGGAUGAAAAUGUAGAAGUGAUUCUGGUGCUUUAA